AUGCCCCCAAAGAGACGCACAAAAAGGGACGCCGGCCUGCUCGCGGGCAGCGACCGCACGGACGCCCACUUCGCCGCCACCGCGGGCCGCUCUGAUUUACUGGAGGAGGCGAUGGCGCAGAACAUCGAUCUGAGCCACGCCGACAAGGAUGGGAUGACUGCUUUGCACUGCGCCUGCGCCAGGAGCGCGCGGGGCUGCGUGCGGCUGCUGCUGGGCGUGCUGAACGACGAGAAGCGGAGCCACGCGCUAAGAGUUGAUGAAGCGUGGGUCGACGCGCGCGAUAAGCAGGGCCGGACGGCCCUGCACCACGCGGCGGUGCGGGGCGAUCCAAGUAUCGUGGAGAUGCUCGUCGCCGCGGGCGCGGACCCCGCCUCGACGAGCAAGGCGAACAAGACGCCGGCGGACCUGGCCGGGUCGUCGGGCGCGUUCGCCGCCUUGGCCGCGGCGACGCGCGCCGUCGACCGCCGGGAGCGGUUCGAGGGCGCCGCGCUGCGCAGCCACGUCGCGCGCGCGAAGGCGCCGGGCGGCGUCUUUGCGCUCCUGGAGGCCGCGCGCCGCGAGGAGGCGGAGCUCGCGGCCGAGACGGCGAUGCUCGACAGUCUGCACCGCGAGGCCGAGGAACGCGUGCUGUUGCAGCGGCAACUGAACAUGGAGGCCGCGAUGGAGAAGAAGCAAAUGGAACGGCGCGAGACGCGGCGGCGGCUGCGCGCCGAACGGAAGGCCGCGGCCGAGAAGCUUCUGAGCGAUAAGCUCGACGCGGGCAUCACGGCGGGCCAGCCGCCGGCCCUGGAGUCGGCCGACGAAUAGUGUGUAAGAACCCAAGUUGUAUCGCG